UAUACGUAAUCGUCAUUCUUUCCUUUAUCUGUUGCUGCAAUAGAAUUGUUACUACGCGAUCGUUUGCAUCUUACUGGCUAAUAAGCAAUAUCAUAUAACAAUGUUUAAUCCAUUAUUGAUAUGGAUCUUGUGUCUCUCAUCGGUCAACAUAGCAGUAGUAAGUAAAUUAGUUGGAUUUACCUCAAAAAUUCUCCAACAAGAUGAUCCGGAACCCUCACCAGGCGAUAACAUUCGGAUUUAUUCGAUGCGAUUUUGUCCAUAUUGCGACAGAGUUAUCAUCGCUGCGUAUAAAAAAGGCCUCCAAUUUGAAGUUUUGAAUAUUAACCUUCAAAAUAAACCCGGCUGGUUCCUUUCGAAGCAUCCUGAAGGAACUGUACCAGUUCUAGAACAUGAUGGCAAGCUGGUGUCUGACUCCCGAGUGAUUAUAGAAUAUUUGGAUGAUGCAUUUCCUGAAACAAGCAUUUUACCCAAAGAACCGUAUCUGAGAGCAAAGCAACGAUAUUAUGCAAUUAAACUAGAAUCGGUUUGUAAUACAAUACAUAAAGUAUCAUAUUUGACAAAGCUAUCCGGCAAUAUCACCAUUCUUGCAAUUGAACUUGCCAAGGCAGAAGAACUACUACAAUCCCCUUUUUAUUCAGACACAGCAGUCGGUUUACCAGACAUCAUGCUAUAUCCAUUCAUCCAACGAUUGCACGUCAUCCGACAAUUUGUUAAAGACAACUUUCUCGAUGAUUAUUUCCCGAAUAACUUCCCAAAACUUGUAAAGUGGUUCGUCAAGAUGCGAACUAUGCCUGAGAUCCAAAUAGUUCGAGAAUCGGAACGCCACUUAAAGGCUUUCCUGAUCAGCAAAGCAAAACAAAAUGCUACUGAUUUCGACGUCGAUCUCUCCCACCCUAAUACACCAAUUAACUGGAAAUUUUUCAACAAUUCAACCAUUCAAUGA